UCACACGAGGGGGCAGCGCGGCCGCUCGCUCUGCCCCGGCGCCCGCCUGCCUUCCCUCCUCUCGCCGCCUCGCCGCAGCCCGGGCUCCGCCGAGUCAAAGCGCGGAUCAGGUUCCCUGCCUCCAGUAUAAAAAUCUCGGCGAGAAAGCUCCGGUGGGAAAGAGAGCAGAGCCGUCCGUGAGCAGUGCAGGGAUAGGCGGCGGCAGAAGCAGCCGCUGCUCACCGGGGACGGUCGCGGCUCGCCCCUUUCAGCUGCGGGAGAAGAGCUUUUUGACGCCCGAAAAUGCAACUGCAACAGCAGCAACGUCGAAUGUUCACAGCUGCCCUCCUGGCACUCGUUUUCCUUCUGGCAGCCGUGAGUAACACUGAGGCUGGCAAGAAAGAGAAACCAGAGAAAAAGGCAAAGAAGUCUGACUGUGGGGAAUGGCAGUGGAGUGUCUGCGUGCCCACCAGUGGUGACUGCGGCCUGGGGACACGUGAGGGCACCCGCACUGGAGCUGAGUGCAAACAAACCACCAAGACUCAGAAGUGUAAGAUUCCCUGCAACUGGAAGAAGCAAUUUGGAGCGGAGUGCAAAUACCAGUUCCAGGCCUGGGGAGAAUGUGACUUGAACACGGCCUUGAAGACUCGGACUGGGAACCUAAAGAGAGCCCUUCAUAACGCUGACUGCCAGAAGACUGUCACAAUUUCAAAGCCCUGUGGGAAGCUUACCAAACCCAAGCCUCAAGAAUCCAAGAAGAAGAAAAAGGAAGGCAAGAAACAAGAGAAGAUGCUGGAUUAAUGGAGUCAACUUGGGCAACGUGAGAAAGGGACAUCAGCAAACAUGAUCAGUUAACAGUUUCAUUUAUACUAGGCAUUUUAUUCUAAAAUUAUUUAUAGCUUAAUGGUACCAUAGAAGGAAAAAAGCAAACACAGAAAAAAAAAUCCUUUUUUUUUAUUACUUUAGUAUUUUUAAUGUAUAACCCUAAUAUCAAUUUUUAGAGCCCUGUAAUAAAGGACUCCAAACUCAUUUAGAAAAUUAUGUCUAUUGUAUAUUGAACAAUGUAGAGGUUUUUAAUUUUUUUAAAUCAAGUCUUGCCAUAGGUCUUGUAAUUAGUAAAUCUGGUAAUUAGUACAUGCAAGCAGAACCUGAGCCUGUGUGGGGUUCUACUGAAGCCAGUGGUACCCUGUGUGAACAUAGCACUCUGGCUGGAUGCAUUUAUAUUUCAUAUUAGGAUCUUAUAUCUGAAAAAUUGAGACCUGUUUUUUAAUAUCUGAUUACAUCUGCAUAACUGUAUGAAACUGUUUAAGGAAAGGAUGGGGGCAUUUUGUUGAGUAUUUACAAGUAUGAGAUUUUCUUGGAUGUGUGCUUUAUGUUCAUUCCAAAAUGUCACCAUCUACAGGUGAAAAACAGUAACACUCCUUUCCUUAACCAUAUUUUGAAUGUUGGCAGUAAAUCUAAAAUCUUUCAACAAUUGGACAUAAAAGAGUCCUAAUUUUUCAUUAUUUUCUAGCAAUGAUUUUUCAAAGUGGAAUGAUGACAGAACUUUCCACUUUUCAGCAUAUCAGUGUUGGUGGAUGGUAGUGUCCUCCAUUUCACCUAUCAAAGCUGAAAAAUGCUGUAUUUUAUUUGUUCAUUUUGACAGAAGGGGAAAAUAAUUUUCAUAAAAGAUCUAGUUGGAAUUGUUGUGAUUCUGCCUAACCCAGCUCUCUUUUGUAUCAGUGGCAAUAUUCCUGUUGAUCUUAAUUAUAGGUGGAUAAAAAAUAGUAUAUCUGGUGGGAAAUAAAAGGAGAAAUCUGCUUGGCAACCACCAGAAGUAGUUCAUAUUUUUGACCAAAAAAGGGACAAUUUGUGGGACCUGAAGCCAAUAGGAAUGAAAUAAUUUUUGGUUUAUCUUUUAGUAAAACAGAAGGGAAAUACAAAACCAGUAUAUUUUGCUUUCUUCCAUUUUUAUAUAAGCAAAAGACCUUGGGAAAAGCUCAGUCAACAUAAAAUUAGUUGUGAUUUUUUUUUUAAUGUAGUCUGCAGGGGAAAAAAAAGAGAAAAAUUAUAACCAGCUGUUUUUCAGUUUGUUCAGUUUUACCUAAUUUAAAUUAUUCUGAAUCCUGAGGGAAGUCACAAAGUAGAAAAAGAUCUGACAAAUAGCUGGUCUGUCUCAAAGUAAAGGGUUGUUUAACAAGCUGACAACGAGCAGACCAACAUUUUUAGAGGAAAUAUAAGGGAUUUCAGUGCCCAAAUUAAGUUAAAAUUAAUGCUUCAGAAUUCUAAAUCCUAAAAUUCAACAGCAAGAAAUAAACUUUGCUGUUUUUGUAGGCUGCAGGCUUGCCUGCUGGUCAAGAGGAAUAGUCUCCCCUGUACUCCUGCAUGGUACCCUAACCUCAGUAAAGCUGCAGCAGGCUCUGUUCAUCUGAGUAAAUCACAUUUCUCUCUUGGGAUUAGCUUGUAGACAAGUAGAGAGUCUUUUUUUUUUUUUUUUUUUCGUACUAACAUCACUCCCCUUUUCUAUACAGAAAAAGUUGUAACAGCUGUAGAGCUUGCCCUCUUUUUUCUCAUGCAGAGGGUACGGCUGAUCUGGACUCACGGUGAGGCAAGUGCUUCUGUUCCCAAACUCUCCUGAAGCCUCCUAGCCAAGGCUGCACAUAGCUUAAGGUAGACUAGCCUCACAAUUAUUUCCCAGACUCCGUGGGUGUGUUUUGCAGUCUGUGUUGAUGUCCUUGUUAUUUUGACCAUGCUGUUAGACAUACCUGAGUCUGUGGUAUAGUUAAAAAUGUCCCCCACACAUGGUGGAGGUGCAAUGACCAAAUCUAAAAUCAUAAAGGCUCAUAUUUAGGUGGUUCUGGGUGCUAUUUGGUUUGUUCAUGGUCUAAUCAGGUCUACCUGUGCUUGUGCCUCAGAAUUAAACUAAUGGUUUGGUAGGUCUGGUUGAAAGCAAAGGGAGAAGGAAACUUUUUUUUCACUCACCAAAGGUUUGUCUGUCUACAUGCUGCAUCAGUUCACUUGAAGUGGCUCAACUUUGAGUGCCAACACUGUUGCACCAUUGUCUCACACUGGUUAAUCUAGUCCAUGUUUCAUAGGGAGCUGGCAGGAACUGGGAAUGAUGUUGAGACCAACACUUUGAUUGUCCUUUAGCAAACCUUAGAUGUGACUUCUUAUUUCCACUUCUGUGAGUAUAAAGAAAUUAAAUUCCCCUGUGUUUCCUCUGAUGCCUCAUGGUCCUUCUGUUUAACUGCACAUCUGGCUUAUUCAAGGAACAUUCCUAAUAGAUUUUGAAGGAAGCCAGUCAGGUUCCUGUGGUGGCAUAGGGCCUUCAUGGACAGAGUUUACAGAAAACAAGGAAACAAAACAAAAAAUAUCAUGUUAGGACCAGAAGAAAAUUCAGCAAAGGGUGUGAAAUAGGAGAACAUUUCUUAUGUGCAACUCAUCCACACAUAUGUUUGGAUCUAUAUUGGCAUCUUAUUGUUGAUAGCAAUUGGAAUAAUAGUUUAUAAACCUAAAAUGAAGAAAAUUUUCAAUAACCCAGAAGAAAACAUUCAGUGGAAAGUCUAGCUAUGCAGGAGGUGAUAAAGUAUUUUAUGGCAGAACACAGAGGAAGAUUGAAUAGGUCAGUCAGGUCAGCUCUAAAAGGAGGCUUGUGGUAUCUAAAAGGAGCCCUUGUUUCACUAGUGACAUUAUCAAGAAAGCAAAAGGCAAGAUUCUGAACAAAACCUCUUCCCACCCAUCCUGAUCAUUUUCUCGUUCAGUCAUUCUGAAACUUCUCCAUAUUUGCUUUCUAAUCUUCUACCCUCCCUGCUUUGGGAGGGUAAGCUGGUCUGACAGUGCUGUGGGAGCAGCUACUUCAGAUGAAAAACAUGUUUACCCUCUUGGUGCUAUCCUAUUACAAUGAAAAAUGACUUAGUAUAGAUGUGUUGCUUACCUAGUUUAAAGGACAGAAAUUUCCGUCAUGAAUGUCCCUCUUGAGGAGUGGUUUACAUCUUCAUUUGCUACAGCUGUAAUGGAGAAUGGGGAGGUGAUAAAAAUCCCCCAUAUGACAGCCUUUUUCUGAGCACUUAAAUCUGUUAUAAAAGAGAUGGGUGGGUUUCUGAACAUCAGCUAUGGAUGAAUCUGCAUCCAGAUUCUGGACUCCAGUGAGUUUAAACCUGAAUAUAUUUGGGUGUAUUUGGGUAUAUCUCCCUUCCCUUUCUCUAACUAAGCUGAGGCAAUGUUGCUUUCAGUUAGGCCUGUCUAUAUCUUGAUUUAAAAUAGUAUUUGAGGACUGGGACAUUUUCUGACUUAGAUAUAUCUUCUGACAGAAAUUCCCAUAGUGAAUGAGAGUCAUUGCUUGUCAGACUGGCCUAUUUAACAGUCUAUUAAGUGCAGUAAAACUUCUGGGCAAGGCUCCAGGAAGGGAAAAUGUUGUUGUACAUGCAGGUAGAUACUAAAUGGUAAUUUACUGAUUUUCAUCUUCUAAUUCCAUAAUGACAUUCUGGGCUGAACUGCUUUUCAAAGGAGAAAAGUUAGAAGAAAUUAAAGAAUAACAAUUACAAAAUGUAUAAACAGGCAGCUUUGGAGAGUUGGUUAAGAACAGACAGAAAGUCAGGAGCAUUUUAUACAAAUUUCUAUUGCCUGUUCCUUACAUGCAGAAGGCAGAACUACUGGUUGGCACAUUUGUUUUUAUACUUUCCCGGAUUUGUGCCUUAAUUAAAAUGAAUCAAAUGUAAAGUGUUACAGAGAAGUAAAGUCCCACUUCAGCCUCAAAAGAAAGUGUUCAAGUGGAGACAAAGUCAAAAGGAGAAAAUACUGUACAGGCUAAUGUCAAUGUUGAGGGUGGGACAAUAACGUAAUUUUACCUCAAGUCUAGGAACUGCAGCAACAUUAACAAUGUAAACUCACCACUUUUCUAAAGCAAUAUAUGGGUGAGGUGGAAACCAUUUUGAUAUCCCACAGUAGCGGGAUUUCAUGUCUCCACAUGAAAAAUGUUUCCCAUUUGGGAGACAUUUCAUGUCUCUCAAAUCCUACUAAGGGGAAACUAUGCCAGUGGGGGUAGGUGUCUUGUUCUAUUCAAUCCAUUUUAAUUCUCUAGGACAGCACUUCUCUGAAGUUGAGACUGAGUUCUCUGUUUUGCAGAGACAGGUUAUACCUGUUGCCUGCCUUCCCACACUUAUCCAUAAUUUUGAUCGCAUUUAUUCUGUCAAUUCUGCUAAGGCACUCUACUUCUCAGUUAAUCUUCUGUGGAUGUUGCUGGUCUUUCCUCAUCCUUGAGACUAUAUUUUCCAUUUCUUCCUGGAUUGUUGCAAAACAGCCUGAGGAAGCCCAUACCACAGAUUUCCUCCAUCUGCAUCCUUCUGUAAUUAAAAGAUACAGUAGCAAGUUUUUAAUCACUGUGUGACAAUGAACAAGGAAGUAUCAUAAUGAGCAAAGAGAGUCCCUGGAUUUGCUGGGAGGAUGGAUUGCUGGUAAAACUUUCCUCAUAACUUGACCUUGUAAUGGCUUCUCAGGGGACAGAAAUGAUCAAAUGAUCAUCUCAAAAAUUAGAGACAUUGAUGUAGGAGUGUCUGCCUUCAAACAAAAAAACACAGAAAACAGAAAACCACCUUAACUAGAUAAAUAGUGGCAAGCAGUUGUAUCCUUUACAUCCUUUAUGUGUCCUCUUUUAUCAUCAAAUUAUUGUGGUGCAUAGAGUUUCAGGGAUAGUGAAAGACUUGCCUGAGCAGCUGUAGAGCAUGAAGAGAGCCUCUUCCACCCAUGGGUGUUUGCAUUUGGAGAAGAUGUCAGUAGUCUCAUGCAUAGCAGCAUCAAACUUUGCUUUUGGACCAAAACUAAACAAUGCUGAAAUCAAAUCAUUUUCCUAAUGGCCCCCUUUCUGCCACUCUUCACAAAUGGCUGUCUUGUGGCCUCAUCACUCUGAACUGAGCAUGAGAAUUCAACUAUUAUUAUCUCAUUGGUGAGGUUGUACUUUAGCCCUUUCUGCAGUUUGCCAUUUAAAUUUGGAUGUCUUGGAGUCACAGAUGGCUAAAGAACUCUGUAAGUAUCUCCUAGCCUUUAAACCAUUUGGCUUUGUGAGUGAGUUGUAUAGGUAAAAGUUGUACCUACAGAUUUGACUCCUUUCUUAAAAAAACCAUGAUAACAAAAAGAAAAAAAACAAAACAAAACAAACCAACCAACCAAACAAACAAAAAACCACCUGCAACAAAACUGAAAACAUGUCCAAAGAGUGGAUUUAUUGAUGAGCUAAAAAUGGAGGUGCACAAGUAUUCCCAUUGCAGGUGGUCAUUGAAAGUUAAAGACUGUACAAAACCUUUAACCCUGAAUUCAGUGAUGGAAAGCUAGGGAAAUUGGGUAGCCUCUUCAGGGCUGUUUUACCCACAGCCAGUUUCAUUCAAUUAAUUUUGCUGUUCGAACUCCCUCACUCUAAUCUAUCUGGCAGCAAGACAGUAUUUAACUUUUCUCAUUAGAUCAUUCAUUGCACUCCCCAUAUUACAAUCAUGUAGUUCAUCUAGACUGUUAAGCUGAAGGAAAUGGCUGUGAUAGUCCAGAGUGUGUUGUGAUUGCUGAGAUAGGCUGAAGUAGAGACAGGCUGCAACCUGGAGCUAGAAUCCACCUAAUACAGAUGUCAGCAUCAGACACAGCUGAUCUCUAAAUAUGCACACAUGCAUACUGCAUAUAUAUAUAUAUAUACAUUCAUAUAUGGGAGAAGACUCUAGAAAGGUGCAUACAUAAGUCCAAACGUGAAUCAUGACCAGUGCUGCCACGUUUUCAGGCUGUGGUUGAAAUGAAAGAGCUUUUUGUCCUGUGCUGUUGUUUAAGUGAGGAUACACAAGUAGGAUGAGGAGCUAGAUUUCUUCCAACUUGCAAGCACUUGAGUUUAAGGAUAGCUGUGUCCAAGGGAAAUGCAAAACACAUGCCAAUGUAAUGACCAAAAAUUACUUACUAUCACAGUGACGUUCUCUUCUGUCACACCAAGUACACACAAGGGCUUUGUUCAAAGCUUUGAAGUGGACGAACUGCUUCAGUUAAGUGUGAACAUAUAAACACAGGCAGGAAAAGUCUUUUUCUCUUCCACUAAAAAGUGAAGAAAAUGGGUAAAAUAAGACAGAAAAAUAAAAGUAAGAGAGAAAUCAUAUUAAUUCUUGUAGUUUGAGUGGUAAACCGAAAGGAGAAAUGAAAGUCAAAAUAACAAAGCCUGAAUAUCAUGUUCAAUGGAUUUCUAAUUCUGUAUAUAUCUAUUAAACCAGUGCUAUAUGAUAUCUUCUUAUGGGUUACUUUCUUUUCCUGUUCCUUUUCCUUUUUUUUUCCAGUUUGUAUAUUGAUUUUGUAAGCUAGCAGUGUGUUACCUUUUCAAUUUUUUAAAACUUGUAUGAAAGCCAUAUAUCCAUAUUGUAGAAGGAAAGCAUUAAUCCUGUAACAUCCCUUGAUGUUUCCCUUAGCUCUGUGGGAUUUUUGGGGGGCUCUAGCGAAUGUAUAUGUUUACCAAUUGUAUCAGCGUAAUUUACUUGCUCUUAGUGGCGAUAAAGAAUUAAAUAAACUAAUACACAGA